AUGGCACACAGGUUUGCAUUUGAGGCUCUCGAUCGAACGUUCAAAGAUAUAAUGGGCGUUGACCUACCAUAUGGAGGAAAGGUCAUAAUCUUUGGAGGAGAUUUUCGACAAGUUCUUCCAGUUGUUCCAAAAGGUACAAGAUCUGAAUUGAUGCAAGCAAGUAUGAUUAAUGCUUCAUUUUGGGAACACGUGAAAAUCAUUCGUCUUAGGCAUAACAUGAGAUCCAUCAAUGAUCAAGACUUUUCAGAGUUCUUACUUCAUGUUGGUAAUGGGGAACAAGAAACUAUGAUAGACGACAUGAUGCAAUUACCAUCAUCUAUGGUUAUUCCAUGGAAUGGUGAAGAAUCCAUUGUCCAAUUGGUUAAUGAAGUUUUCCCCGAUUUGGAAUGUCAUGUAUGUGAUGCAAGAUACUUAGUGGAAAGAGCAAUUAUAACACCAAAAAAUGAGGAUGCUGACAAAAUCAAUAAAAUGAUCAUCGAUAAAUUUCCGGGGAUUGAACAUAUCUUAUACUCUUUCGAUUCAGUUGAGGACGAUGUGAGAAAUUUGUAUCAACAAGAAUUCUUGAAUUCAAUCUCACCUGGUGGAAUGCCCCCUUAUCAGUUAACUUUGAAAAAAGGUGCCCCGAUAAUGCUUUUGAGAAAUAUCGAUCCGAAGAUGGGGUUGUGCAAUGGUACAAGACUGGCUUGCCAUGAAGCUUACAAUAAUCUAAUUGAUGCCGAAAUCUUAUCUGGACAAUUUGCUGGAACUAGAGUGUUUUUACCAAGAAUCUCUUUAAAGACCACAGAAAGUGCAGGACUCCCAUUCGAAAUGAUGAGAAAACAGUUUCCAAUGAAAUUGAGUUUUGCACUAACUAUAAAUAAAUCACAAGGGCAGACAAUACCAAAUGUGGGUAUUUAUCUACCAGAUCACGUAUUCAGUCAUGGACAAUUGUACGUGGCUUUAUCAAGAGGAGUUUCAGCGUCUACAACAAAAGUCUUGGUAAAGAAAGGAGAGUUACACGGUAACGAAGGAGUCUUCACAAGAAAUGUUGUGUACAAAGAUAUCUUGCUUCCCUCGAAUUCAACAUAA